AUGUCGGUGCAAGGAGUAUCUCCGAAGAUUCUAGUGGGACCGUCGCUGAUACGCGUGAUCGGAGGCUCUGUGGAGGAGAAAUCUGCGACUGGAUCUCUGCCGCAGAAGAAAACGACGUCGCCUCGGGUUUCUCGUCGUCCUCUUGAGUUUCUACGGAUCGCUAGGAGAGGAAAUGGAACGGCGAGAGACGACGCCGUUCGGUUGGAGAGAGAAGAAGAGCGAAACGGAAACUGGGUUUUGAAGAUUUUGGAGGUCGGGUCAAUCUGGAAGGGGAAGCGACAGCGAUCAGGAGGCGGCGGUGGAGAGGAGGAAGAAGAAGUGACGGAAUCGAAGAAGAACGAGUUAUGCGACGAUUGCGACUUCUGCAGGAUCGAUGAUGAGGAGGAAGAAGAAGAAAUGGAGGAGAUGGUGUUUGGUAGAGAACAAUUCUCGAAGAUGCUCAUGAAAAUUCCUCUGGACGAUGCUCAGAUGUUUGCGAAAUUGUCCUAUUUGGGAAAUUUGGCUUAUUCAAUCCCUACAAUCAAGCCUGAGAAUCUGUUGAAAUAUCAGAAACUGAGAUUUGUGACCUCCUCGAUUGAGAAGAGGAGCAGUCUCAAGGUUUCUUCUGAUCAACAACAAGAGGAGAGCAGCAAUGGCAACAAGGAGGAAGAGGAAGUCAAGAAGAAGCUAAUCGACCCAACAGUUGCUUACAGAAUAGCUGCUUCUGCAGCAUCUCGUCUAUUUUCACAUUCAAAGUCUGUGCUUCCUUUUGGUUCCUCCAAACGUCAAGAGAACGAAGCAUCUCUAAUGGCCACUGCUGAUUCCGUCACAGCCGUUGUGGCAGCGAAAGAGGAAGUUAAGCAGGCGGUGGCUGAUGAUCUGAAAUCAAACCAUUCACCGCCUUGCGAGUGGUUCGUAUGCGACGAUGAUAAAAGUGGCACAAGGUUCUUCUUCAUUCAGGGAUCAGAUUCAUUGGCUUCAUGGCAAGCGAACCUUCUGUUCGAGCCAGUACCAUUUGAGGAGCUUGAUGUGCCUGUUCACAGAGGCAUUUACGAAGCUGCAAAGGGAAUAUACCAACAGAUGUUACCGGAAGUUCACGCCCACCUCAAUUCCCGUGGCAAGAACCGUGCUUUUCUUCGGUUUAGUGGACAUUCUCUAGGUGGAAGCUUGUCCUUGUUAGUGAACCUCAUGCUUCUGAUCCGAGGUCAAGUCCCGGCUUCUUCUCUGCUUCCAGUGAUCACCUUUGGCUCGCCUUGCAUCAUGUGCGGAGGCGAUAGGCUUCUUCAGAAACUCGGAUUGCCUAAGAGUCAUCUUCUUGGAAUCUCAAUGCAUAGAGACAUUGUUCCCCGAGCGUUCUCCUGCAAUUACCCUAACCGAGCUGCAAAUCUUCUCAAGGCAUUGAAUAGAAACUUCCGGAACCAUCCGUGUCUGAAUAACCAGAAUUUAUUGUAUUCUCCAAUGGGAAAGCUCCUGAUUCUGCAACCAUCGGAGAGAUUCUCUCCCCCACACCCUCUGCUUCCCCCAGGAAGUGGUCUCUAUGUGUUAACCUCUAAGAAUACCGAUGAAACAGAGAAGGGACUAAGAGCUGCAAAGAGCGUCUUCUUCAAUUCACCACACCCUCUAGAGAUUCUCAGCGACCGUAGCUCUUAUGGGUCUGAAGGGAAAAUCAAGAGAAACCAUGACAUGAGCUCUUACCUGAAAGCAUUGAGGCAUGUGAUCCGGAGGGAGCUGAAGCAGAUAAAGGCUGAGCGGGAUCAAUGGCAGGCCAAGUUCUUACUCGUAAACAUGAUAUGUGGUGGGAGAGAUUCUUUGAAACUCAUAGCUAGAUUUGUCGCAUCUAGGAGUAGUCAACUAGUGAUCAUCUUCUUUAUCCCAGUUAGAUUGUUAACUAUGAACGUCUGUGGUGUAAUAUUUCAUCAUUCACAAGCACAUUUUAGUUUCUUCAAAUGA